ACAGCACAUUCGCUACGAAAAGGCGACCAGCAACGUGUGCACGAGUCAGGUUUUACUCGCGAACACCAGCGCAAUGUACGCGGUCUAUCACCAGAAGUCUGGGUUGCAAAAGAUAGCCAAACGUGUGCACGGCCUCACCACAUUGUUUGCGGAUGAGCUUCCGCGGCUGAUCGGCGACGCGGCCGUGGUAGACACGUCGCGCCCCUUUUUCGACUCAGUCGUGGUGAACACGCUACCGCGAUCCGCAAAUGAGGCAGCCGCCCUCAUGGCAGA